CGCAGUUUCAGCGGGUUCGGUUUUCCCGCAGGAACCAGAACCCAAACGCCGCAGCCUCUCUUACUGCGCAGGCGCAGCACCACUCACCCGGCAUGGAAGUGGUGGGUCUCUUGUGUGCGGUAGUGGCCCUCUUGACAUGGGGCUUCCUCCGGGUUUGGGAUUCGGCGGAACGAAUGAGGUCUCCCGAGCAGGCGGGCCUGCCGCGAGCCGGAAGCCGGGCCCUUCUGGUGAUCGCACACCCGGACGAUGAAGCCAUGUUCUUUGCUCCUACCGUGCUGGGCUUGGCCCGCCUAGAGCAGCGGGUGUCCCUGCUCUGCUUCUCCGCAGGAAAUUACUACAAUCAAGGAGAGAUUCGAAAGAAAGAACUUUUGGAGAGCUGUGAUGUUUUGGGAAUUCCACCUUCCCACGUAAUGAUUAUUGAUAACAGGGAGUUCCCCGAUGACCCGGGAGUGCAGUGGGACACAGAGCUGGUGGCCAGCAUCCUUCUUCAGCACAUAGAUGUCAACGGCAUCAACCUGGUGGUGACCUUUGAUGCCGAAGGAGUCAGUGGCCACAGCAAUCAUAUCGCUUUGUACAAGGCUGUGAGGGCCCUGCACUCAGAAGGGAAGCUGCCUAAAGGCUGUUCUGUGCUUACACUCCAGUCGGUGAACGUGCUCCGGAAGUAUGUCUACCUCCUGGACCUGCUCUGGUCUCUCCUCUCCCCCCACGACAUCCUCUUCGUGCUCACCAGCAGAGAGGUGGCACAGGCCAAGAAAGCCAUGUCCUGCCACCACAGUCAGCUCCUCUGGUUCCGCCGCCUCUACAUCCUUAUCUCUAGGUACAUGAGAGUCAACUCCCUACGCUUCCUCUGAAGCCUCCAAGAGUUCUCAGAUCUUCAGAACGGAGGGAGAAGCAGACAGACACAUUCUAGGCUGAUUUACUUCCUUGACGCAGGGAGACCCCAGCCAAGCAGCCUCUGCAGACCGGAAUGUGUGGACAAUGGCUCACUCAAACCCAGCUUCCUCCUCAGGAAAACCGCCAAAACCAAGGACCCACCAACUCAGUAAUAGCUACCCCACUGAUUUACCACUUCUCACAACACAUAGUUUGUGGGAUACCAGAGUGUGCACCAGACAUCUAGCCAAGCCUGGGCAGGUCGCCAUCA